AUGUCAACAAAUGCCUCUGUGUCCAGCGUCCUGCAGUCUCCAGUAAAAAUCAACAUCUGUAAGGAUGGAAGAGAGGAAAUAGACUCUUCCUCCAGCGGUAAUGCAGAGUUCAACACUGCCAGCUCUGGAGCCAGACAGUCCACUGAGACCAGCCAGGGGCCCAGUGAAGAGACAGAGCAUCCUAUUGAGAAUAAUGAUGUGGGUGAGGAGGGAGAGGAGGUAGGUGAUGAUGACCCGUCAGACUCUGAACGGCAAUGUGAGCAAGAGUCCUCUGAUGAAAAGGUGUUUGAUGAUGAAGACAUUGCAGAGAAGAUGGAAGGAUGUGAGGGUGAAAACCCAUGUCAGAUACAUGACCAUCAUCCAGAUCGCAACUCUGCUGAUAAUGCAAACUCUCAGAAAAGAGAUAAGAGUCACAGCCUUGAUGAAACUGAGAGGGCAAGCUCCACCCUUGAUGAGGAUCUACAAAGAAUGUUUUUGGAAAGAGCCACAGAGCAGAGAAACCCUAGAGACCCAGGGUCCCUCUUGUCUGACAUAAAAGGAGAGGGGGAUGUGAGAGAGGACUUGGGUUGUCCAGAAGGGGACUACAUAGAGACAGCAGCAGAAUGUAUAAACAAGCUAGGAGAGAAGAUUGAGGCAGCUGAUCAGGAGAAUCAUCCUAACAGCAGAGUUCUUGAGCAGACACUUCCAGAGUCAGUCAAACUGCACUGUUAAAGAGAAGCCGA